CUGUUCACCUGCUCGUGCCUGUUGCAAUUUCUGCUCCAGCUUGAUAUGGCUUCGGUGGCGGUCACACUUCCGGCCAUCGCUAGAGACCUCACUGCCAGCCAGGUCCUCGUCUUUAGCAUUGCCACCGGAUACUUUUUAGCACAGACGGUGUUCCAGCUCAUCUUCUCCCACUUCUCCCACGCCCUUGGUCGCAGGUACACCUAUCUGUCGGGCGUAGUUCUCUUCAUGAUUGGUGCCAUCAUUGCCGCGGUCAGCACUUGCACCCGGCAGCUGGUUGGAGCUCGUGUGAUACAGGGGGUGGGUGCUGCCGGCAUGUUCACAAUGUCCGCCAUCGUGAUUGUAGAUAUUAUGCAGCCGAGGCAGCGUGCCGCGUGGUCAGCCAUCUCGCAGGCUUCUGGUGCUCUUGGGAAUAUCUGUGGCCCCCUUUUUGCAGCUUUGCUGUUCAAGCGGUUAACUUGGCGCUCAAUCUUCUGGAUGGAGCUCGUCUUCUCCGGAAUCCUGUUCUUGUUGCUGGUCUUCCUCCUUCCCCGGUGGCGAACACGAAAGACCAAGCCCCUUACCGUGCUCAAGAGUUGCGACUGGGCCGGCAUGCUCCUGUUUCUGGUCUUCUCCAUAAGCACUCUGGUCCCCAUCAACAUUGGCGGCACCGUGCAGCCCUGGGAAUCCCCGGCGGUGAUCGUCUGCUUUGUCGUCAGCGUGAUCAGUCUGGCGGCCCUGAUCUAUCACCAGCGCUAUAUCGCGAAGAACCCAGUCUUUCCACGGCAGGUCUUCAGCCGGCCCGUGACGAAUGCUGCCUUCCUGGGGAGUGUAGUCAGCGGGAUGUUGCUGAGUAUGGUCUUCUACAACCUGGUGCUCUUCUGGGAAGGCGUGCGCCACCUGGAGACGAUGAAGGUCGGUGUCAUGCUCCUCUCAGUGACCCUAACGUACACCGUCGCUGCAGCGGUCACAGGGAUGGCCAUCAAGAUAUGGGGUCAUAUCAGAUGGGCCACGAUCACGGGUACAGCCUUGGCCAUCCUCGGCCUAGGACUGAUGUACUUCAUGUCCCAGACAACACCCGUCGGGCCGCUCAUUGUCAUCAGCAUGCUCGGCGCAGCUGGAUGCGGCAUAUACCUGCCUGCUGUGAUUAGCACCAUCCUGGCCUCGACCGAGAAGCAAUGGCACGGUCAUGCGAUCGCCAUGCGGACCCUGCUGUACACAGGAGGACAAUGCAUGGGUAUAUCCGUCGGGCUGGCCAUUUUCACCAACAAGUUCGCCAAAGGGCUUGCCAGCGUCGAUAGUGUCACUUCGAACCACGACGAUAUCGUUACACCACAGAGCCUCAUGCGCGUCAUCAAGGACCUUCCGCCAGACAGCGAGGUCAUCUCGUUGAUGGUGGCCGCCUUGCGCUGGGUUUGGGGUGCUGCUUGC